AUGGAUAACCCGGAUUAUUGGAGGACUAUUAAGGACCCUACGACUGGCGAACAGGUCGUGCUGAGUAACGAGGAGGUGGACAUCAUUCAGCGUAUACAAGGUCGCAUUAACGGCGAUGGUGAGGAACAGCAUCCUGAACACGUUGACUUUUUUACCAACACGGUGAUGAUCCACCCUGUGGGCAAUGAACCCGAGCCCAAGCGACGCUUUAUUCCAUCAGUGCAUGAGCACAAAAAGAUCAUGAAGAUAGUCAGAGGCAUUAGAGAUGGGAGAAUUCAGGUUGGGGCGAGAGAUAGGAGUAAGAAGAAGGAAGAAAAGCCCAAAGUCUACGAGAUGUGGGCCGAGGGAGACGUUCCCACCAAAGAUCACUAUAUGCACAUGCCCGCGCCUAAGAUGAAACUACCAGGACAUGAGGAAAGCUACAAUCCUCCGUCUGAAUAUUUACUAAAUAAGGAAGAGCAAGCCGAAUGGGAAGCUUUAGAUAUGGAGGACAGAGAACCCAAAUUCUUACCAACCAAAUACAGUGCGUUGCGAUUGGUGCCAAGAUAUGAUGAUUUUAUUCAGGAGCGAUUCGAGCGGUGUUUGGAUUUGUACUUGUGUCCCCGUGGUCGUAAGAACCGAGUCAACAUCGAUCCAGAAUCACUUAUACCCAAACUUCCCAAGCCUAAGGAGCUACAGCCUUUCCCGAUUGCGUGUGUGGUCGAUUUCGUUGGGCACACAUCGAAUAUUGUGUCAAUAGCCACAUCGCCCAGCGGUCAGUACCUCGCUUCUGUGUCGUUAGAUAAGACUUUGCGCUUGUGGGAAACGGUAUCUGGUAGAUGCGUGCGCACCAUCGCUCUACAGACCAGUAGUGCCACUUCCAUCAAGGAUGCCGCCACGUGUGUUGCAUGGAAUCCUAAUCCCGAGAUUAGCAUCAUUGCCGUUAGUAUUGGACAGGAUGUGUGUGUAUACAAUCCGAGACUGGGCGCUCGAGAAGCCUGGGAAGCCGUGGAUGUUGUGCUUGCACGUGCUGAGUCCGCUCCAAAUCAAACUUCCGGUAUAAAUUGGGCAAAGGCUGGAGAUGAUCAACGUGAAAGGCAUGGCUUGAGAAUGCGAGUGACGCAUUCAGCAGACGUGACAUCGGUGACGUGGCAUAAGAAGGGUGAUUACUUUGCGGCUGUCACCCCAACUGCACCGGAAGGUGUGGCUAUCCAUCAGCUAAGUAGAAGUCGAUCACAAACUCCAUUCAAAAAGGCGAAGGGAACCAUUCAAAAAGUACAGUUCCACCCCACGAGGCCCAUAUUCUUCGUCGCAACGCAACGAUAUGUGCGAGUCUAUAACCUUUCAUCACAAGAGCUUAUCAAGAAACUGAUAACUGGUGUCAAAUGGGUAUCCAGUAUGGAUGUGCAUCCCGCCGGAGAUAAUCUGAUCAUUGGUAGUUACGAUAGACGUCUUUGCUGGUUCGAUUUAGAUCUGUCGGUGCGACCUUACAAGACGCUUCGGUAUCAUACGCAAGCGCUGCGUGGAGUUGCCUUUCAUCAGAAGUAUCCUUUGUUCGCGUCUUGUUCUGACGAUGGAAAGGUGCACGUUUUCCACGGCCGUGUCUUCAACGAUUUGAAUCAAAAUGCUCUAAUCGUCCCAGUGAAGGUACUGGAAGGCCACACUCGCACAUCGAGUGGUACUGGUGUCAUGGAUAUCAAAUUUCACCCCACGCAGCCUUGGGUCUUCAGUUGUUCAGCAGCUGGCGAAUUAAAAAUGUGGACAUAA